GACGAGACGGACUGAGGGAGACACUUUGCCAUCAUUUCUUGUGAAGGUUGCGGCAAAAGCAGAUUUCUUCCUCCCUAUUUAAACCCUAAACUCUUUCUCGCUCCAGCUGUCUCUUUUCAUUUCUCUCCUCUGCUCAUCGAAGCAAAGAUUUGCAGAGAUAGAGAGAGCGAGAAAGAAGAAGAUCUGUAGAAAAAAUUUAUAGAAAAACAGUAUGGGACAGAAGUCGCUGAUCUAUUGUUUCGUUGCUCGCGGAACUGUGGUUCUCGCUGAAUUCACUGAAUUCACUGGGAAUUUCAAUUCGAUCGCCUUGCAAUGUCUUCAGAAGCUCCCGGCCAGCAACAACAAGUUUACCUAUAACUGCGACGGCCACACCUUUAAUUAUCUUGUCGAUGACGGUUACACAUAUUGUGUAGUUGCAGAUGAAUCUGUAGGAAGACAGGUCCCCAUUGCCUUUUUGGAGCGUAUCAAGGAUGACUUUGUUUCAAGAUACGGCGGGGGAAAGGCUGCAACUGCGCCUGCUAACAGCCUUAACAAGGAAUUUGGGUCAAAAUUGAAGGAACACAUGCAGUACUGUGUUGACCAUCCUGAUGAGAUAAGCAAACUUGCAAAGGUGAAGGCCCAGGUUUCUGAAGUCAAAGGUGUUAUGAUGGAGAAUAUCGAAAAGGUUCUUGAUCGAGGGGAGAAGAUUGAGCUUCUAGUGGAUAAGACUGAGAAUCUCCAUCAACAGGCGCAAGACUUCCGAACAACUGGCACAAAGAUCCGGAGGAAGAUGUGGCUACAAAACAUGAAAAUCAAGCUGAUUGUCUUGGGGAUUAUAAUAGCCUUGAUUCUCAUCAUCGUUCUGUCUGUUUGCCAUGGGUUCAACUGUGGGAAGUGAGCUCUCGUCGUUCUCGAUACUAAUAUUUUGGAGGCAUGGGUUUGUGGUGAUCCUAGUCCUGGAGCCUUUGCAUGCAUGUACUGCAUAUGGAAGCUAUAUGAAUCAUGAUUUGUGUAUGUAGACAGAAAUUAGGAAGUAGUUACAAUGGAUAUAUACGGCUUAAAGAAAAUAUAUUUGUUGAGAUAAAACCAUACUUUCAUGUGAUAUCAGAUAUUGUUGUGUGAUUGAUCUUGAAAACAUAUUGCUUGUCAACAAUUUAUCUGCAA